GCACUCUCACUCACACACACACACGCACCCUUACAACGUGCUGUCAAGUGACUCUCUCUCUCUCUCUCUGCUGUGCAACUUGAAGUAGCAAACUGCGUAAGAGCAAGUGCUCUGUCUAGUUAUAUAAACUUAUGGAGUAGAGCAUCCAGAAGAAAAUCCACCAUCUGAACAAGAAAACUAGAUCUUAUUUUCUAACUGACGUUCUGCCAAAUAGCAAAGACAGACAGGUUAUAUGCUGGAGCUGGAAUAACCAAUUUGACACAGAGUCAAACCCUGAGAAGCCUUGGAGUUUUAACUUUCGAAGAUACGAUUUACAUUUUGUUGGCUAUCAAGGCCUUCUUUUUAUUGGAGGCACAAUUUGGCUUGCCUUGUGGGACAAGCAGCAACCCUGGUCUGGCAAAUAUUGAGCUCUGGAAACAUUAAUUGAAUGUGGUAAUGAAAUUUGUGGCCUGGAAGCAGCGCGUGGCUGGCAAGAGAUUGUGGUCAGGAACACGAGACGGCUGACCCUGGGACAAAAACAGAUCACACAGCAAACGACAAUGGUGCAAGCGAAUAUCUUCAUCCUUUUAUUGAUGACCAUCAUUGGCUCUGUUUUGAGUGGGGGCUAUGCCCCUUCAAAAUACAGGCACCCAAUGAUUAAAGGCCCAGUUGGACCUCCUUUCAGGGAAGGCAAAGGACAAUAUAUUGAAAUUCCAGUGAUUCUUCCCUCUGACCUCAGAGGUGAGAAAGGUGCUCCAGGAAAACCUGGGCCAAGAGGACCUCCUGGAUUGCCGGGAAUUCCAGGGAAACCAGGAAAUGGAAAGCCAGGUCUUCCAGGACGGACUGGACCACCUGGAGCACCAGGGCUGGCAAGCUUUGGAAAACCAGGAAUUCCAGGACAACCCGGUAAACCAGGUAUUAGGGGAAUUCCAGGACCUAAAGGCGAUAUUGGACCUAGAGGGGAUAUGGGACCCAGAGGCCUUCCAGGGCCCCCAGGAUUACCUGGACCUUCAGGUUUCUCUGUCGUUGGUAAGCCAGGAGCUCCAGGAGCCGACGGAUCACCAGGGCUUAGAGCAGAGCCGGGUCUAAAGGGAGAACGUGGUCCCCCAGGGGAGCGUGGUCCCAAAGGUGAAAAUGGGUACGGCAAACCUGGUGCUCCAGGUCCGAGAGGUAAGGAAGGGGCCCCAGGUAAGCCUGGACCUCCGGGCCAGCCUGCAAGAGGAAAACCAGGAAUUAAUGGUUUACCUGGUUCCCCUGGUGAGAAAGGGGAAGAAGGACCAUCAGGUGAAUCAGGACUUCCAGGUCCACCUGGUCCUCAGGGACCAGCAGGAAAGCCAGGAUUGAAUGGCAUGGGAAAGCCAGGUCAAAAUGGGUUAUCAGGAAUUCCGGGAUCUAAAGGUCAAAAGGGGGAGGUAGGGCCUCCUGGUGUUCGUGGUCUGCCUGGACCACCAACAUAUGCAAAGCCUGGAAUAAAUGGACUUAAAGGUGAGCGGGGCCUUCCUGGGAAACCUGGUGCCCCAGGACUCAAUGGCGAACCAGGAUUGAAUGGCUUGGAUGGUGAACCUGGGGAUAAGGGGGAGCAGGGCCCUCCAGGCCCUUUGGGUCCUAAAGGAUUCAUGGGGAAACCAGGUAUUCCAGGUGUCAAAGGUGACAUUGGGAUCAUUGGGCCACCAGGUCUGAAAGGAAUGCAAGGUGACCAUGGACAGAAUGGGUUACCUGGGAAACCGGGUGUGCCUGGGGAGAAAGGUUUGCGUGGGCCUUCAGGAUCACCAGGCAAAAUUGGUCAAAAAGGUGAAGCUGGGCAUACAGGGGUCCCCGGAGCACCAGGGAUAGCUGGUCCUGUAGGACCCAAAGGGGAACCAGGGCAGGCAGGUCAACCUGGUCCAAGGGGCUCAUCGGGAAUACCUGGUCUUCAGGGGCCAUCGGGACCAAUAGGACCUACAGGUUUACCAGGUCCCAAAGGAGAACGAGGACCACCAGGUUUGCCAGGAGAAGGCAUAGUAGGUGAACCAGGAAGGACAGGACCAAUGGGUCAGCCUGGAAGUCCUGGAAUACAAGGAAUGAAUGGAGCCCAAGGUCCUCCAGGGCCACCUGGUCCACCAGGCCCACCAGGACUCCUCAUUAAUGGGGAAUUAACAGGUGUAUCGGGCCUUCAGGUAGAUGGAGCUGUGGACGGUGCAAAAAUACCAGGGAAUGGAAAACCAGAUUAUGGAAUAGGAGAAAUCUCUGCAAAGGUAGCUCCUGCCUUCACAGCCAUUUUGACAAAACCAUUUCCACCAUCAGGGGCACCCAUUAAGUUUGACAGGAUUUUGUACAAUGGACAAAGUGGAUACAAUCCUGCAACUGGGCUAUUCACGUGUCAAAUACCAGGCGUCUACUAUUUUGCUUAUCAUGUGCAUGUCAAGGGAACCAAUAUUUGGGUGGCACUGUAUAAGAAUAAUGUGCCUGCAACAUACACAUAUGAUGAAUAUAAGAAAGGAUACCUUGACCAAGCAUCGGGAAGUGCUGUACUGGAACUUAAAGAGCAUGACCAAGUAUGGGUCCAGAUGCCUUCAGACCAAGCCAAUGGGUUAUAUUCUACUGAAUACAUCCAUUCCUCUUUCUCAGGAUUCCUACUUUGCCCAACAUAACGUUGAUCAACUUGAAUUAGUGGAUAUAUAUAUUGUGUAGUAAUAAACUGUAUCAAGAGAGAGACAGAGUAUCACUGGAAAAAGCACAUGUGUUAUUGUCUGUUGCUACAUUUUUCCAGUUUUGAAGAAGCCUUAAAAGCCUCUCAGUGACAACCAGUAAAGUAUAACAACCACAUGGCAGACAUUUCAACUAGUGGCUGCACGUGUCUCCAGCUUAUGUUGCAAUGGAUUAAAUAUAGAACUGUUGCAUUUAUAUGAGCAGUUAGAGGCAAAACUUAACUUCAUUUGCAAUGCAAGUCAAUAUGAUGUCUGUUACUUGUACUCCCUGUGCCUACUCUUGAGUAAUGUUCUACCUAAGGAUACAUUUCUUGUUUCUACACAUUUGUACCAUUGACAGAAAACAAAACUAUAUUACCCAGUUGUAUUCUAGUUAUUUUAACCAUACCUUUUGAAGUGCAAUACAUGGUGAGUGGUGAUCCAUAGUGAAUUCAGACAACUGAGCACACUGUAAACUGGGUGAGAAUGAAAACAUUGCAAACUGGUAAUCAUCACCACUUGCUUGAAUUUUAAGUUUCAAACUAACAUGUUAUGAUAACGAGAAAAAGAUCUAAGGCUAAGCAAUGUAGUGCAAAGUGAGUGUUUCUUUUGUACUGUUUUGAUGAUCUGUAUUUUGCGUUAUUGCGGUGACCUGAAAUAUUGCUGAGUUUCAAUUUGAUUGCAGUUAAAGAAUGAUGUAUAGUGAACUAUAUACAUUUUAAAUCAACCUAUCUAGACAUGCCAUGACAUACCUCUGGAAUAGGUGGGACUUGAACCCAGGCUUCCUGACCCAGAGAUCGGGAAUACUAUGACUAUGCCAGAAGAAACCCUCACAUUGAACUACAGACAUUUUCUAAUCUGUAGAAACAUUAAACUCUACUGAACCAAAAUCAAUAUGUGCACGUGUCACUCAGAUACGUGCAGCCCAGUUACUCACUAACUUAAUUCAAUUGGCUGAUUCUACUAGAGGACUGACACUUUCAACGCCAGUAUUUUUCCAUUGUCAAAGACUGUGAAAUGUUUCGUCUUCCUCAAACUCAACUCAAAUCCUACUCAAUUACGAUUACAAAAAAUACAAUUCAAAGUUAAGACAAGGGAAUUUACAACAAAAUUAAGACUUGACAGCAUCAUUUUUUUAAAAAUGGCAAUUGUAAAAUCUGAUAAAGGAUCCAUGAGAGGCAUAUAUGAUGCUGAGUUCAAAGAGUUCAAGAGAUGGACCAUUGUUUUCUGUAGAAGCCAUACUAUAUAUUGCCUCAUAUUGGAUUGGAUCAGUACAGUUUCUAUGGCAUUUUUGCAAUAGUUACAGCUGUUUUAUUCACAGGGAGGCAUAAAUGCAGUAGCUGUCACUUUAAAGUUCCAGAUGUUAUUUCUGAUAGUUACAUUUGUUUUCAAGGAACUUUCAAAUGUAAAACAUUUUCUGAUCUCAUAUUGCUUAAUUGUAUAUGCCUUUGAAAAUGUUUACAAAUUUUGGUAAAUUUUCUUCAACUGAAUUUUACCUUACUAAAAAUUAUUAUAAUUGAAUUCAAAUGUCUUACCUGUGCCUUUUGUUUUGGACUUUAAAACAAUAGUAUCUUUCUCUGGCCAAAUAAAUCCUUAUAAUUUGACCUUUCAAGCACAAAGGCUGAAAGGAUAAUUAAGAAAAUAUAAACAGUAUUAUAAGAAGCAAUAAUUUAUUUAUUUUAAAGGAUUUUCACACAAAAUUGAAUUUAACUAACACUUGAGUGCAUGAAUUGUUCAUAUACUAAUAAUCACCAAAAUUAACUACAAGGCACAAGUAUAAAGUAAUUGAGAUAAUAAUUACAUUAUGAUAAACUAGUCUUUUACAAAAUGUUUGGCAGAUUAUUUUUGCUAUCUUUGAAACAUAAUAUUAAUACUCCCUACAAUUAAAAUAGUUUUUGGCUAAGAAAUUGAGCAGAGCCUAUUUUUGGCUUUUUCAGAAGCCUGCACUCAAAUUAGGAAGCCUAAGAAAUCUGGGGCUUUAUGCCUUGGACCUGACUGUCACACGAAAGGUGCAGUGAUAGGAACAUGCACAGGCUUGUGUGCUAAUAUCUAGGUGAGUGAUUGAUUGAAUCAGUUUGAGGUAAUCUGGAGGAGAAAUGGCAAGACCACAAAUUUCUUUUGAUGGGAGGGGAAUGUUAGGAGGUCAGAACAGAUCAUUGGAGGGAUUAGCAACUAUGUUGGCAAGCCACUGAGCACAAUUGCUGAGUAAGGGCUCGGAGGUCAGGAUCAGGCCCAAGCAUGAGUCUGACAAGAGGUGGGAGUGCAGGCCUAGAAGUUAUCCGGAAGUGAGGUUGAAAAUCCUGAAACUAAGAGCGACACUGUUUAAGGUGAGCACACUGACCUUUUCAUUCUGUGCUGAGCAUUGAUUUUUCAAAAAGCAAUUAACACUGAUGUUGAUUGGCUCAGGUGCAAGCCAAAAUGGCAAAAGAGAGCCAAAGGAAGGAAUUGAUCCCUAAUUUGCAUGUGGUUUCAUGCCUGCAUCUAAUAUGGGUGAUAGACAUCUCAUAUUUGGUUUUCAUCAAAAUGGCAUGAACCUUGGCUCGCUGUAGAAUUACAUAUAUGUGACACAAAGAUCAUUUUAGACACAAAAUGGCACUCAUAAUGCCCAACACUGGGGGCUAUGUAGCAGAAUUUCUAAGCCUAACUGUAAGUGUUGGUAAUCGCUUCCACAGAAUCAAAGCUUUACGUAAAAGGCCAUUAGUUCAUCGUAGUUUUCAUAGAAAAUAAUGCCCAACUUGAAUGAUUCUUCAUAGACUGUACCUUGACUAUUUUUUAUGGAACCAUAAAUGUAUUGUGCACACAUUCUGUGACAAAGACAAUCAAAUUAUUACUUUUUACACAGGAAACAAAAUUAGAAAAUGUAUAAAAUUCAAUUUCAAAACAACAUGCUUACAGUAAUUGCUUCAGUCAUUAUAACAUAAUACUGAAAUUACAAGUACUGUCAAGAAAAUCAUACACCAUGGAAAUUUUAAGGACUAGCUAUAUUGCUUUUAAAUUAUUUUUAAAUGUAAAGGGAUGUGCCAAGGUCUAUUUUAUGCAUGUCUUCUUCAAACUAAACCACUCCAGUUAUUGUGAAAUAGCUCAAAUGCUCUUUCACAUUCCUUAAUCAUUUUGAUUGUACAAUUGAAAUAUGAGUCUCCGUCAAUCGAAACAAAGGCACAGGUAAAAGGCUUGGAAAGGUUAAUAGGUUUGAAUUUGUUAGCAUUAAUCUAAUUAUGAUUUUGCCAAUUUGGUGCUGGAAGUCAGCAAACUGAAAAGUUCACUCUUCUACAAUAAAGUCAAUACUUACAUUUCCUUCUAAGUAUUUCAGCAUAUAUUGUACUUUAUUAAUCUGUUAAGUCAAAUAUCAAUACAGUAUAACAAUUCCAGCAUGACAAAAUUGCAUUCCAAUGUUCAGUAAUAUAUUCAACUUUUCAUAACCUGUUGUUUUCACAUGAAAUCAUAUUUCAAAUCAUUAAUGAGUUGUUAAUUAUGGAGGAAAACAGGCAUUCUCCCUUAUUUAGUAAAAUAAGAAUUUCACCCUCCAUGGCUUUGAUUGCCAGACUAUAGAAGGAAAUGUUUUUUUUGUAAAUACUUAUAUGCACUGUACUAGUAACUGGUAAAAUGCACUCUUAUUUUAUUUGAAUUGAAAACCAGACUCUUCUUUGAAAGCUAAACUACUUGAUUGUAUUGAUUCAACAUCAAUAAAAGAU